AUGAAUCAAGACUACGCACAGCUUUCGAUCCCCGAGCUGAAAGAAACUAGGACUUCUAAAUUAAACAAAAUGAACAAUUUUCGAAGCUCCCCAAUUGCUGAAAUAAUGAACAAGAUACCACCUGACUGCGGUAAGACACAAAAUACUACGUUCCCUGAGUUCAAUCCGGUAUUAAGAAGGCGACAAUACGAACAACGGCCUAUGUACGAGAAGCCAAUGCGAGUCGCAGACAGUAUGUCUCCACAACUCUCCUCAAUGAACUGUUUGCCAAAUUUGUAUUCCAACGGUUCACUGCCAUUACCAAAUCCUUAUUUAUCAUAUUUAAAUCAUCUUGAAAAGGUCAAUUACCAAGACGCCAAAUUCAAUAGCUGGGGUAUUCUACAAAACUCGAAUAGUGGUUUGGCCAUUCCAACAUAUUUCAGUCCCCGAACAGCACAAAAUAUGCCUUGUUCCGAGAAAGUAGAGACAUGGCUUGAAAGAUUACCAAUAUUCGUGGGAUUUGACGGCUAUUUAUUUACAACUUGCUUUGAUUAUGAAUAUAUGUUGGAUUGGGAGGAAACUGAAUUUACCUUUGAAAAGACAGCAUGCAUGGAAACUGAUUAUUCUAGAGCUUUAACUGAUACUGAUAUCAUACAUAUUCAAGAAAAAAAGAUAGAAACUUUGAUAAGAAACCAGUAUUUAAAGGAAUAUGAGUUUUCUCAGAAAGAUUUCGAGUUUUAG